CCUACUCGGUAAGAAACCCUCCCAACUACCUUCGUGAUUAUCAUUGUUUUCCUGUUAUUACUUCAUUACAUGAGCCCCAAUCCUAUCAAGAGGCCUCUUCUAACCCUCUUUGGCAACAAGUUAUGCAAGAUGAAUUACUUGCUCUUGAGAACACUCGUACAUGGGAUUUAGUUUAUCUCCCUGCUGAAAAAUCUCUAAUAGGCUAUAAAUGGGUGUACAAGGUCAAAACACGACCUGAUGGUUCUGUGGAGCAUUAUAAGGCGUGCUUGGUUGCCAAGGGUUUUACACUGGAGUAUGGAAUCGACUAUGAGGAGACAUUUGCUCCAGUUUCUCGUCUUACAUCUGUGCACAGUUUGCUUGCUAUCGCUACCAUGCGGAGAUGGAAAUUGUUUCAGAUGGAUGUGAAAAAUGCUUUUCUUAAUGGUGACCUAAAAGAAGAAGUUUAUAUGAAACCACCUCUUGGGCUCAACCAUCCUCCAAACAAGGUAUGCCAAUUGCAUCGUGCAUUAUACGAGUUGAAGCAAUCCCCUCGAGCCUGGUAUGCAAAGUUUAGUGUUACUGUGAGUGAGUUUGGUUUUACUUCCAAUCCACAUGAUACAGCUUUGUUCAAUCAUAAGACUACUCGGGGUGUUGAGCAGUUAAAACAAUCUCUUAGUCAGAAAUUUGAGAUGAAAGAUCUUGGUGUUUUGAGCUAUUUUUUGGGGCUUGAAGUGACCUCUUCAGAUGAUGGCUACCUACUUUUUCAAGUAAAGUAUGCCUCCGAUCUUGUUUCUAAAGCUGAACUCAAUGAUGGUAAGAGUGUUUCUACACCUCUUGAACCUAAUUUCAAGCUUACACCUAUGGAUGGCUCUCCACUUUCUAAUCCUACUCGCUAUCGGCAAUUGGUUGGUAGUUUGGUUUAUCUUACUACGACACGCCCUGAUAUAGCAUAUGCAGUUCACAUUGUUAGUCAGUUUAUGGAUGCUCCUCACUCCACUCAUUAUGCAGCAAUGCUUCGCAUUAUUCGUUAUGUUAAGGGAACAUUAUUUCAUGGACUCCAUUUUUCUGCCAACUCCUCCCUUGUGCUUCGCGCUUACUCUGAUGUUGAUUGGGCUGGUGAUCCUUCUGAUCGUAGAUCUACCACUAGUUACUAUCUUUUCCUUGGUAAUUUUCUUAUCUAUUGGCGGAGUAAGAAACAAACUAUUCUAUCUCGCUCUAGUACUGAAGCUAAGUAUAGAGCUCUCAGGGAUACCACAUUAGAACUUCUUUCAUUGCGAUGGCUUCUUGAAGAUAUGGGCAUUCCUCAACCUUCUUCUACUAAUUUAUAUUGUGAUAAUCAAAGUGCUAUGCAGAUUGCUCAUAAUGAUAUCUUUCAUGAACGCACUAAACACAUUGAGGUUGAUUGUCACUUUAUUCGCCAUCAUGUUGCACAAAGAACUGUUCAUUUGGUGUUCAUUGGUUCCGUUGAUCAACUGGCAGAUCUCUUUACCAAGGCUCAUUUUCCUGGACGCUUUCGUACUAUUCUUUCCAAACUCAAGUUGGUUUCAUCACAACCACCUUGAGUUUGAGGGGGAAUAUUAAGAUGUGAACACAAUUAUGUUUAGAAUUAUUGUAAAUAUUUUAUACUUUAGAAUAUUCUCUUUGUAUAUUUUAUACCUUAAAAUAUUCUCUUUAUAUACUUUAUAUCUUAUAAUAUUCUCUUUGUAAACACCUAUAUAUAGGUCAUUGUAGAUACAGUAUGAUUCAAGAAAGUAAUAAACCUUUUUUCAAAUU